AUGGAGGGAAGGGAGGGGUCUGGAGCGAGGAGCAAGAAGAUCCCCGCUCCCGUCCUCAUCGAAACGCCAACAAAGUCGACCAGGCCAAAGCCGCUUCGCCUUCUGGCCGUUGUGAGCAUAGUCUUCUUCAACGUGAGUGGAGGGCCUCUGGGGUCGGAGGGCGCAGUCUCCUCGUUUGGGCCGAUCCGUGGGCUCCUCAUGGUGGUCGCCUUUGCGUUCUGCUUCUCUAUGCCACAGGCCAUGAUGACUGCCGAGCUCUCCACGGCAUUCCCCGUCAAUGGAGGGUACUCAAUCUGGGUUCAGACCGCCUUCGGCACGUUCUGGGGGGUGCAGGAAAGCUACUGGAGCUGGUGCUCUGGCGUCGUGGACACUGCGAUCUACCCCGUGCUCCUCUACUCCGCGGCGCAGCAGCUGCUCAGCAGCAGCGGCUGCGCAACAGAGUACGGCGUAAAGCUCGCUGUUCUCACAGUGUUUGUGUUGCCGAACGUCUUCUCCUCGGCACUGGUCGGCAACAUGCUCACCUCGAUGAGCCUCAUCGCCAUGGCGCCCUUUGUUGCGCUUUGCGUCGUCGGCCUGCCGCGGCUCGACCUUUCCUACUUCCUACUGCCUGUGCGCACCCUGAACUGGCGCGUAGCAUUACUCCUCACUGGAAUCAGAUCGCGCCGCGGGCUCUCCAUCCUCUACUGGAACCUGAGCGGCUUCGAUUGCGCCUCCACUGUCUCUGGCGAGGUCGAUGAGCCUAACCGCACCUUUCCCCUCGCGCUCUUCCUGGCGCUGCUCGCCAUCGUUGCAUCAUAUUUGCUGCCGCUCUUUGUCAGUGUCGGUCUGGACCCGGACUGGGACUGCUGGGUUGACGGCUCGUUGCUACGCGUGGCUGGCAAAUACGGCGGGCCGUGGCUAGGCGCGUGGAUGUUGCUCACGUCCACCUUGGGCAACUGGGGCUUGUUUGCUGCGGAGCUGCUGGAGGACUCGUACCAGCUGCUUGGUAUGGUGGAGAUGGGCCUCGCCCCCGCCUUCUUAGGUGGCGUGUCGGCGCGCGACACUCCGGUGCGCAUCAUCAUGCUCCAGUAUGUCAUCAUCGCCCUGCUGGUCUCGCUCGACUUCGAGUCCAUCCUCUGCAUCGACAACUUUUUCUCCGCCGCCGCCGCGGCGCUCGAGUUCGUCGCCCUGAUCAAGCUGCGCGUGUCGCGGCCUGAGCUCGCACGGGCCUACCACAUCCCCCUGAGCGGCACGCUACCGCUCUCCCUAUUUCUCUCCCUCCCGAUCGCGGUUUCCCUCGCCGUAUGCUACGUGACGCUUGUCGAGGCCGCCGACUCUGCGGGAAUCAUCGUUUGCGGCUUGCUGGUGGGAGUCGCGCUGUACGUGCCCUUUGCGCUGGGCUGGGCUGGCGAGAUGGAUUCGCGAAGGCUAUCGCGCGCGGCCGCCGAGGUCUCUCCAAAACUGGCCCCAACUGCGACCGGCGCCCUCCUGGGGUUCCACUAUGGGAGCCAGAGGACCGUGAGUCGUGUGAGCGCGAUCUCGUCACGAAGAUCAUCCGGACUGUUCUGA